UCGUAGAGUGAAAUAUUUCACCAUUUCUUUCCUUCUCUUUCUUCCAAUUUUCCCCUUUUCCUGUACAAACAGAGAUUGUUGUUUCUGAAGAUUGAAGAACCUCGAUCAUUCGUUUUGACAAUUGACCAUUCCAACAGGACCUAGAUUUUCUUCGUUUUCAUCUCAGUAGAAACUAAACAGGUGAUCUUAGCGAAUAUGGAAUGUGUGGUUCAGGGAAUCAUAGAGACACAGCAUGUUGAGGCUUUAGAGAUUCUUCUUCAAGGACUAUGUGGUGUUCAGAGAGAACGAUUGAGGAUACAUGAAAUAUGUCUCAAGAGUGGUCCACAUCUGGGCAGUGUACCUUCAGAGCUUCGGCUCCUAUGUGACCUAGAGCAAGCUGAACCUUCGUGGACGGUUAGACAUAUAGGUGGUGCAAUGAGGGGUGCAGGUGCAGAGCAAAUUUCUGUUCUGGUUAGGUCAAUGGUGGAAAGCAAAACAAGCAAAAAUGUUCUUCGUUUGUUUUAUACACUGGGGUACAAAUUAGAUCAUGAGCUGCUGAGGGUGGGAUUUUCCUUCAAUUUCUACAGGGGCGCACAAAUCACUGUAACAGUUUCGUCAAUCAAUAAAAUGCUGAAGUUACAUGCAACUGACGAGGCGGUGCCAGUAACACCUGGUAUACAAAUGGUCGAAGUAACAGCACCUGCAGCUGCUGAAACCUACACUGAAGUUGCUGCUGCUGUGUCAUCCUUUUGUGAAUACCUUGCACCGCUUCUCCACCUGUCCAAACCAGGCAUUUCAACCGGUGUUGUACCUACUGCUGCUGCAGCUGCUGCAUCUCUAAUGUCGGAUGGUGGGGGCACAACAUUGUAAUAAUACUGUACAACCUUUAUAAACACACUUUAUGUACAUCACUUUACUUAAUUUUUUCAAAGAGACGUCCGUAAAGUUUUCACUUCACAAGAACAUAAAACAACUGUUAAAAUCAA